UGUAUACCCACCUUUACCUGACAUAUUCUUCCUUAGCAAACAAAAGUAGGUGUAGCACAUUUACAGAACAAACAAAUGUCAGGUACAUGCUGGUGUCAUUACCAGUAUAAAUCCAACAUCCAGCCUUUUCUCUUUUCCCCUUGUUUCUAUAAUUUCACUCCUAACUGUUUUGAGGCUUUGCUUACACUGAGGCUGCUAGCUUAUGGUUGGCUCUGAGUUCUGGAAACUUUAGCUUUGGCCACUUUUCUUUUGUUAGCAUUUUUAUUUUUAUUUUUCCAUGUUUAAGUGUCUGAUCAGGUUUGUUGUUGCUGCUUGUUUUUGAGAAUUGCACAUUUAAGAUCUGAAACUUUGAACUUGAUUUUUUCAAAUAUGAAAAAAAAUUCAUGUAUUUUCUGCAUCAUCAAUACCUGAAAAUUUCUGCAUCAUUGAUACAUUUAAAUUAUACCCCAAACUACUGCAGUAUCUCAUGGCACCUGAGUGUGCCACCAGGGAGCACCUUAUUUGACACGAUCAACGCCUCACUGCACACCACUCAUAUUGCAGUCUGUGGUUGCCGUCUCUCCAAUACCUAAAACUAUUUUCAGGUUUUAACACAUGCUUUUGUAAAAAUAGCUUUGUGUAAUCACAGUAAUGAUCAUUUCCUUCUUUUUAUUUGUCCCUCAAGACCUCCCACAACAAAAUGACUGUGAGGAGGAGGAUGGUCUGGAUGAGCAGCAGGAGAUGAACUCCAGUCUGGACCAGGAGGACCCAGAGCCUCCACAGAUUAAAGAGGAACAGGAGGAGCUCUGCAGCAGUCAGGAGGGAGAGCAGCUUGGACUGAAACAGGAGGCUGAUACCUUCAUGGUGACGCCUGCUUAUGAGGAAAGUGAAGAAAGCCAACAUGUGGACUCAGGAUCAAGUAGAAAUGUAGAGCUGAAGAACAGGAGACGUUACAGAAAGAGAAGUUGCAAUAAGAGAGUAGACAACACUGCUGUGUCAAUGAGUCAGAGUCAAACUGGCACAAGGGGAAAGUCUUUUCAAUGUGACGUCUGUGGAAAAACUUUUCACGAAAAAUAUAACUUUACUAAACACCAGAGAGUUCACACAGACCUCCAACAUGAGGAAGAGGAGGGUCUGUAUGAGCAGCAGGUCUUUAACCAAGAGAAGAACUCCAGUCUGGACCAGGAGGACCCAGAGCCUCCACAGAUUAAAGAGGAACAGGAGGAGCUCUGCAGCAGUCAGGAGGGAGAGCAGCUUGGACUGAAGCAGGAGGCUGAAGGCAUUAUCGUCUGGACUGGGGAAGAGCGACUCAGACUGCUAAAGACCAUCUGGAAACCUGUGAUAAAGUUGCAAAGAGUAGACCUCCACCAGCAGCAUGUCUUUAAGGACGAGGAGGUUCUCACAACCCAGCAGGUCUUUAAUCAGGAGAGGAACUACAGUCUGGGCCGGGAGGACCCAGAGCUUCCACAGAUUAAAGAGGAACAGGAGGAAGUGUGCAGCAGGCAGGAGGGAGAGCAGCUUGGACUGAAGCAGGAGGCUGAUACUUCAUUCAUGGUGACUCCGACUUAUGAGGAAAGUGACCACAGGGAACCAGAACCAAACAGUAAGCAACUCCUUUUUCACAGCUCACCUGAAGAAGAGAGCCGGGAUCAGGAAGAAAGCCAGCAUGUGGACUCAAUAUCUACUAAAAAUGCAGAGCUAAAGGAGAGGAGACAUUACAGAAAGAGAAGUUACAAUAAGAGAGCAGACAACACUGCUGUGUCAGGGAGUCAAAGUAAAACUGACAUAAUAAAAAAGUCUUUAAAGUGUGACACCUGUGGAAAAACUUUUCGCAAAAAAAACCACCUGACGACACAUCUGCGAAUUCACACAGGGGAGAAACCAUAUUCUUGCAGCACGUGUGGGAAGAGUUUCAGUCUGAACUCAACAUUGAAAACCCACACAAGACUUCACACUGGUGAGAGGCCAUAUGCUUGUAUCACCUGUGGGAAAAAAUUCAUUCACAAAUCAGAUUUGGAACGUCAUGUAAGAACACACACAGGCGAGAAGCCGUAUUCAUGUGGCACUUGUGGGAGAGAAUUCCGUCUGAACUCAACAUUGAAAACUCAUAUAAGA